AUGGAGGAGGCAGAGGGGCCCGUGGAUGGGGAGGCCGACCCCCUGUACACCGCAGAGACCUACGCCGCGGAGGCCAUGGCCGCGGAUAUGGACCCCUGGAUUGUGUUCGACUCACGGCGCACCCCCAGGUCAGAGUUUGACGACUGGCUGGAGACUAACCGCCCCUCGCAGGUGCAGCGGCACGGGGACGCGGAGAGCGGGGUGAGUCCCGUGGGCUGGAUCGCCGUGCUGGGGCCCACGCACUGCCCAAGCACGGGUGACGUCAGCGGCCUCCAGGAGAGCUGGGAGCGGCUCCAGGACAGCGGGAGGCCGAUUAGCUUUGACACGAUUAAGGAGCUUGCGCUAAACCAUGGCGUGCUGACAGGGAAGUGGCUCAUGCAUCUGGAUCCCGGGUUCAAGCUGGACCACGCCUGGAGCUGCGUUGCCAGGGCGACACUGGACGGGAAGAUCUCGUUGGUCAAGGUGAGCCCGUUCAACGGCGACGCAGACUUUAAAAAGCAGGUGAUCUGCGCGUACAACCACAACUUCACGGACGAGAGCGAGGUGGUGCGGCUGGAUUCCAUCAUCCGCGCCACAGGUAUCAAGUGUCCGCUGUCCUACAAGCCGGACGUCUACACUUACCUGGGCAUCUACCGGAAGAACCGCUGGAAGCUCUGUCCCACCAUAUUCGAGAGCAAGUUCGACCUGGAGUGCGUGCCGCGGCGCUCGCACAUUGUCAACAAGGUCACCAAUAUGGAAGUGGCUUAA